AUGAAAUGCACUCUCAUGCUUCGUCUUCUACCAUCUGUCUCACGUCGUUUUCUGCUUUUUUCGACCGCAAAGCCUUCGCAAGUAUUCAUUUCUACCACCUGUUCGACCCAAUGUCCAGCCCAAGUUAAAGACGCAGCUAAAAGCACUACAGAUCAGUCAACGGAUGCCGUUCAGGUUUUCAGGGAAUGGGGUUGUAAUGAUGAUGAUGUGGCGAAAAUUUUGGGACGUAACCCACAUUUGAGCAAUUCCGACGCUGCGUUGCUUCAGUCGAAGCUCGCUUUGCUAAGUCGCUGCGGGCUAAACGCACCUGACCUGGUGAGGAUAAUCAAUUGUAGACCUAGGUUUCUUAGCAGUCGGGUCAAUCGUUAUUUCAACGAAAGGCUUGCAUAUCUUAAUUCCUUGUUUGAGUCCAAGGCAUUGCUUAAGAGAGCCCUUGUGACCAACCCUUCACUCUUAAUCUAUGACUUUGACAAAACCAUUAAACCUGUUCUUGCACAGUAUGAAGAGUUGGGUGUAAGCAAAGAGGACUUUCUUUUCAUGACCUGUUCCCGGCCCACACUUAUUUCAAGGACUUCUUUUGAUGAGGAGAAGCUGGAAUAUAUACGCAAGACUGGGCUUUCCAAGGAUUCAAAGAGGUAUAAAUAUGUUGUAUCAAUUAUUGGUAUCUCUCGUCUGGAAACAAUUCGCGAGAAGAUAGCAAAUUUUGCCAAAUUUGGUUUCUCUGAUGAAGAGAUAUUUGAGUUAAUUGGGCGGUCUCCUUUUGUCUUGACACUGUCAAUUGAAAAGGUUCAGAGGAAUAUGACGUUCGUAUUGGGCACAAUCAAUUUAGAAGCGAAAAUAGUUCUUCGUAAUCCACAUCUCUUGUUUUGCAACCUAGAUACCAGGAUGAAACCACGGGCUCUCCUGAUGAGGAAAAUUGAAGACAUGGAUUCAAAGUCAAAAUGUCCACAAACUUCUAUGGCUACCGUUCUCAGGAUGAGAGAAAAAAGGUUCAUAAGGGCAUUCAUUGAAUGCCACAGUAAGGAAGUGGCCGAUGAGUUAUUGGAGUUCUAUAUGAAGGCAAAAGAAGUGAAGAGAUUAGCAGAUUCGUCAAGGAAGUGUGUGCGUGUAGGAUUUCCAUUUUGA